GCAACUGAUGGUAUCGUCAUGGCUGCUAAAGUCUCCAAGGGAUCCAUCCGGAAAUCUAAGCCGAUCGUGACCAAGACGUCUCUGAACAGCCCCUACGAGAGGGUGUGGACGCCCGUUAUCGGGGAGGACAUGCAGUUCAUACUGAAGACUUUAACCGAAAAAUUCACCCAGGUCGGGCUGAAGAAAGUCGAAAUCCAAAAGAAAUUCAUGAAAAAGCGCAAAAAAUCCAAAAAAGAAAGCUCCGAUGGAGCAGACGGAAAUCCUGAUCUAGGAGGAGAGAGGCCUGAUGGAGAGAAAGCCAAAGAAGAGACUGUGAAGGGAACAGACAGAAAUCCUGAUCUAGGAGGAGAGAGGCCUGACGCAGAGAAAGCCAAAGAAGAGACUGUGAAGGCGGGUUGGACGUUAUGUGACGUCCGCAAACACCUAGCAAUCGGCAUCAAUGAGGUGACCCGCGCACUGGAGAAAAACGAAGUGCACCUGGUUAUAGUCUGUAAAUCCGCCAAGCCGCAAAUGAUCACCACACACAUAACUGAACUGAGCGCCAGUCGAAGAGUUCCAGCCUGCCAGCUACCGCGACUUAGCGAGAACAUGGCGCCGGUGCUUGGCUUGAAGUCCGUGUUGGCGCUGGGCUUCAGAAAUACCUCUGAUAUAUUUCUGGAGGAAGUGCGAGCGAUCAUCCCACGAGUGCCGCCCCUUAAAGUCCCCUGGUUGACAUGCAAACCUGAAAGAACCAAAGGGAACACAGCGGGCGAUGAAGGGCCCGGGGGUGAAAAUAAGGACAGUGAGACCUCCAGAAAGCGCAAACACCUGGAGGCCACGGAGGCUGGAGGAGUUCAGCUACAGAGCCUGAAGGUUAAAAAGAUUGUUCCCAAUCCAAACAAAAAACGAAAAAUUAAAGCAAAAAAGGGCGCUAAUAAAAAGUGA